UGGUCUGAUGUAGAAUUGAAGCUGCAUCAUGGGUGCCGUUUGUUGUUGUUUCCCUGUUCCUAACAUUGCUGGCCAUGAAGAUGAGAACGGCUCGAACCAUGGAAACUGCCCUUGCCUCAAUUGCUGUAUACAAAGCAUUAGGGAUAAGGAAUUGGAGAAGAAGAAAAGGGUGGUGGAGACAGAGAGUGGGAAGGGGAGUAAGCGCAGAACAUCUUGUUUAUUGUCUCUUGUUUCAUUGAGAUAGGAUCAUAUAGAGGAAACAUGAAAAAGUCAGUCCUCAUUUCUGUUCCCUUUUUUCUUAUUUAAAUUUGGCAUUACCCUCUAGGUUGAGUGGUUGAGGGGAGACAUAAAAUGACCUCAAAGAAUAAAGACUGUUUUGUUUUACUUCAUCCAAUUAGCCUCAACUACUUCUGACACUCUCCUCUGUGUUUGACUUUUCUUUGCAACCAAAGAUAUCAUAAUAUUGUGUUUUGAUGUAUGCCAUUCUUAUACAAGUAUGGAGCUCUAUUUGCAAGAGGGAGUGGGCUUCCAGCCCUGAUAUCUAAUCAAGGUGCAACCUCUCCAGACCCUGUGGUACCAACUCACAGUUCAGCUAUCACCAGAGCAUCUGAUAGAACUUUGCAAAUGAAUCCCAAUUCUGGAUAUUCUCCAGUGCCACAAGAUGUUAUCUGCAGACAUGACAAAGGCUCAAACCAUUCACGUGUAGAGCCAGAACCAGCAGGUGAUCCUGAAGUUCAACAAACGCCAAGACCUUCAAAAGUAGGAGACAGAUUAGUUUACAACCAAAGUGAGUCCUCGGUGAAGGACUUCUCGUCAAGCAUGCAAAAAGGAGUUGGUUAUGAUGUUACAUUCUCAGAAGAUGAAGAUGCAUGUCCUACAUGUCUUGAAGAGUAUACACUGGAAAAUCCCAAGAUAAUAACUAAAUGUUUUCACCAUUAUCACCUGAGUUGCAUAUACGAGUGGCUGGAGAGAAGUGAUACUUGUCCAGUUUGUGGAAUGUUGAUGGAAUUCAAUGAGACAUGACUUUGGAGUGCUGAUGCCACGGCAAGGAGGGCUGAAGAAAGACAAGAAUA